AUAGAAAGGCCAAGAUGAAUACUACUGAGGAAAUGGCUGGUCAACUUAACGAUCAUGCCUAUGAAGAUUACAAGCCAACAUUGGAGUGGGUUCGAGAUGCUGGAUUCGACACCCUACUUGUGUAUAUUCCAGGUUUUAAGAAACAGCAACUGAAGGUUCAGGUGACGUCAACUCGAACACUCAGGAUCAUGGGCGAACGCUUUCAUGGUGACAAUAAAUGGAGCAGUUUUCACAAGGAGCUUCCUAUUCCAUUGUAUUAUGAUGUUAAUCAAAUCAGUGCAAAGUUUGAGGGUGGCAUACUUCAAGUCAAACACCCCAAGAAGAUUACAAGUCCAGCCAACCCAGUGCAGGAAACAGCAGAGCCUCAAAAGCCCAACAAUGAAGAAACACAAGAUCAAAAAAUUGGACAAGAAUUUGAUCAAGAAGUUCCUCCAAAUAGUGAAACUGAUGAACCAGCAAGUGGGAAAAUCAAUGGGGUAGAAAAUGCUACUGUUACUGAGGCUAACAAUAUCCAUGUUCCUCCCAAGACUUCGGAGGACCAGAAGAGUGAUCUUGGCUUAGCCGAACCAGAAAAGAACGCCAGCACAGGUGAUGAAAAGCAUGAAGAUGACGGCUACUCUGUCCAGGAUGCUGCAAAGAUGCAACAGGAAGAAGAAACUGCUGUCGUUAGUGGUAUUUCUAAUGCUAACUUAGCACGUAAUAAGCAGGGUUUUGGAGGUCUGGUAGCAGAGAUGAAGAAGCCAAGAAAAUCAACACACUUUGUUGUGGCUACUGGUUUAUUAAUCCUGGUACUUGGGAUUUAUGUUCAAAAUGCUAUCAGAUCUAGUGGAGAAGCUGAGAACUAGAGGAUCCGAGACUAAGAAUUGUGCUGUAAACCUUUGAAUAAGGGGUACAUGACCUCAAAACAUGUUUGAAAACGUACAAUGUUGAAUAAAGGGCUCAAAAAUUGCAUAAUUUCUGCAAAUAUGCACAGAAUAAUAUUAAAUAAAGAGAAGGAAUAAGCCUUCUUUUAUGUG